GAGAGUCACACGGAGAAAGUUCACAAUAAUUUAACUUAUUUGGUUUUGCUUUUUUCUGAUAGUUUCUUUGUUGUCAAGGAGCUAUAAAGUGGCAAAAAAUUAAAAAAAAUUAAAAAAUCAAACAAAAGAUAUUAAAUUUUUCAAGGCCAACAUUCUAAAAAUUGAAGAUUAAAAAUUUCCAAAUCAUGGCCAUCGAAGGAGUAAAUCAACAAUUAAAUGGAAAUGAGCCAUCCGCACCGCCUGACUAUGACACACCUUUUUCCAAUACGGCAUUGGUUCAAAAUCCAUCACCGAUAAAUAUGUACCCAAAUUCAGAGUUCGUUAGCAAUUUUCCGAAUCGCAACAAUCAAACCGUGUUCACAAUAGAUGGAAGUCAACAGAUUGGAAGUCAACAAAAUGGAAGAACACCAAUUGCAUCGCUAUAUUCUUCUUCUCAAGGUUCAUGCGGCAAACAAGCUGUUAUAUGUUGUGUUGUACUUGGAGUAACUUUAUUAUUAUUUAAGUUUUUAUUUAUGAUUUACGAGUUUAUAUAUUUUAUAAAAGAAUUUGAGCCUUAGACUUGUUCAAAAAAAAGUAUGUUAUAUCGAAAUGGUAAAAUGUCGUUUUCCGUUGUAAACAUAUCCAGUGAUUUUUGAUACACUUUUUUCCACAAGUCCAGAAGGUUAAAUGAAUGCCAUUGAAAAUCGCUUGAAAAUCACUUGAAAGUGAAAUUGUAUAUCA